ACCCUGCCUGGAUCAGCUGCGGCCGGAAGCUCACCAGGCGUAGCCCUGAGAACUACAAUUCCCAAAAGGCAGCGCGGAGGAAGAGCAGUAGUCAAAGAGGACUUCCGGAUGCUGCUCGUGCUUGCUCUGCGACGCCUCCGAGAGAGACCAUGACGAAGUUAGCCCAGUGGCUUUGGGGACUGACGCUCCUGGGCUCAGCCUGGGCGGCCCUGACCAUGGGAGCUCUAGGCCUGGAACUGCCUUUCCCCUGCCAGGAGGUCCUGUGGCCAUUGCCUGCUUACUUGCUAGUGUCCGCCGGCUGCUAUGCACUGGGCACUGUGGGCUAUCGCGUGGCCACUUUUCACGACUGUGAGGACGCCGCCCGAGAGCUGCAGAGCCAGAUCCAGGAGGCCCGAGCCGAUUUAGUCCGCAGGGGGCUACGCUUCUGACACCUUAACCCAUUCCAGCCUGGACAGCCCUCUUAAUUUCCGAUUAAAGAGCAGCUUUAUUUUCUAA